AUGUGCUCUUCUGCUGCGCUUGAUGUUACCAUAACACCCACCCGCCCAAGUCCACAUCGUCUUCAGAAUGGCGAAGUCCAGUCGAGGGCAAACGCAAAAGCGGGACUUUUUGGUAAUUCCAAUAACGACGACAUGGACGCUUAUUAUACUGAAUCCAGUGCAUCCAGCGACAGCGAGGAGGAUAAUUUCAGUCAUAAUAAAGCUUGGUUGGAUUUGGUGGCGGCUCUGUUGGCACAGUUAGGGAUGUGUUGGUUGGGUGUGGAAGCAUCAGACAUUUUGAAUCUAGGGGAAGGCUCAAUUGGUAUUGGCUUUGGCAAGGACAAUAUGAUAACCACAGAACUGGAACGCUUUACCCAGUACACUGAGCAGAUUAUUUGGACUGUUUCAUCGUCGACACUGUUCUGCAAAUUGUAUUUUACCAACCCGCCGUCUCUCACCAAUAUAUUGAAUUUCGUUGAGAACAGCACUUCGUUCAACCACCUUCAAGACCUCCUCCAGAAGCUCAUUCUGCAAUGCCCUUACAUUGUCAGAAUCUUACUUCAUGCAUUACAUCUGCGCGUACUGGAAUAAAUUUUUCUGGAAAUGUGGCCGAGAAUGAAAAGGAAACUGGCAUAGAGAUUUUGGGGGUAUGUGGUUGGGCCUCGUCUUAUUUUGGCAAGAAACUUGCACUCGCUGGUCAUCCCAGAAACGACGGUGGUCAUUGGGGAAAAUGCAUGGAGUGCAUUGCUUUUAUCGCUGUUAGUUACCGCGGCUGAUGAUAAUUGACAGCAAUCCGCGUGCAGCAAAUUUGCAGAGAUCGUCUGAAUUUAUUACUCGCCAAGAUGAUCUCGUCAAUCAUCCUAAUUGCAUUCGCAGAUUUGGUUUUUCUUGAUCUAGUUUCUCACAUUUUCUUAGUUUUUUGUCAUCAAUCGAAUUUCAUUAGC